AUGGCCGAUAAGCAACCCCAGUUGAACGGUGCCUAUUACGGGCCUGCCAUUCCACCGGCGGAGCAACACCGAUACCGUCAUCACCGCGGCAGAAGCUGUUGUUGCUGCCUCUUCGGCUUCUUCUGGAAGCUUCUCAUUGCCCUCAUCGUCCUCGCUGGCCUAGCAAUCCUCAUCUUCUGGCUGGUCGUUCAACCACGUUCUUUCAAGUUCUACGUCACUGAAGCCAAGCUAACCCAAUUUGACUACUCCAACAACACCCUACGUUACAACAUGGUGCUCAACUUCACCGCCCGCAACCCCAACAAAAAGCUCAGCAUUUACUACGACAAAGUGGAGGCCCUGGCAUUCUACGAGGGAUCUAGGUUUGCUAAUUCCGAUGUGAUCACGCACAUGAAUUCAUUCCGCCAGUACAAGAAGAGCACGAACCCCAUGAGUGCUGUUUUCUCAGGUCAGCCAUUGUUGCUGCUUGACAAUGAUCAGGUAUCUGAUUUCAACCAAGACAAGAGUGCUGGCGUUUAUGACAUCUAUGUCAAACUCUACUUCAGGAUUAGGUUCAGGCUCGGCGACGUGAUAACUGGAACCAAGAAGCCCAAAGCCAAAUGUGAGCUCAAGGUUCCAUUAAGUUCUAAUUCCGCCACAAUCCUCACUCCCUUUGAGCCCGUCAAGUGUGAUGUUGAUUUCUAGGGUAUACCUGAUAUGAUAUCGGCGAUUGGUUUUGGAAAUUUCUUCCUUUACCCCAUUAUUUUAGUAAUUCUUGUGACUAUUUGUUUGACCCUUGUUAUUAUUUAAUUCAUUCUUUGACCAUAUGUACUAUAUGUGUAUACG